AUGGCUAUGUGGAACUCUCUUACCGUAGUCCUUGCCUUUGGUAUUGCUACGAUUCAUGCUAGCCCAUGCAAGUCAGCAUCUUCUGUGACAUUUAUCGAUGCUGUGCCUUCAAUUGUGCUAGCUGUGUCAGCGACUGACACCUCCAAAUUCCCUUUAUCGUCAAUCAUUUCGCCCGCGACACGAACGACAUCAGUAUUGAAACGGUCAACCACAGCGACGACCGAGAUAAGCAGUAUCACGACCACACGCACGAAGAAGUCAGAUGCUACUCCUGUCAGAAAAGUUACCACGACCUUUACCAGGACAUCAAAACCUAAAUCGACCGCGAUAAACUUACUUAGCAACCCAGGCUUCGACGAUUCUUCCGACAUCUUUUUCUCUCAGCCAUGGGUCUUGAGGUCUUCUCAAGGGAGGUCCGUGGCUGAAUUUAAAGAUAACUACCCUGUCAAAUCAAAACCGACAGCGUUAUACAUGUCCAUCCUGGAAGACGGCGCGCCAUCAAUCGAACAAUGGGUGGCAGGGCUGGAGAAAUCCAAGCAAUACACUUUGUCAACUUGGGUCGCCUAUCAAUCCGGAGCGGCAGGAUGCCACAUCGAUUUGAAGCUAGACAAAACUCUCAUCAAGAGGCACGUCAUUUCUAAAGGCUCGCCUGGUCGAUACAAAAAGGUUGAGGGUAUUGCGGCAUCCAAUUUCCAGAUGGAUCUGGUCAGCAUGUGGCUGUACUGUCCUUCUGGCGUGACUGUGGCUAUUCUAGUGGAUGAUUUCAGUCUCGAAGAGGUGUAA